CCCAGUUUCCAGGACAACCGAAACAAAACGAAUAGUUUCAUUGACUACAGAAAUGCAGGAGCCUUAUAGCUACACACAAAUUGAAUAAUUCGUUUGGGUAUUGUUUUUAUCGAAAAAUGGACAGAAAACCAGAACAAGAAGAAAAUGAGGUGGAGAAUGACACAGAGAGGGAUACGUCUGCUUAUUCCUCCAAUGAGGACAAUUCUCCCAUUGCUGUUAAUGGAAAUGAAAAAGAAGGUGUCCCAGCUGAAGGGGGGGCAUCACAUCAUGAAGAAGAAAACUCUGGAAGUAUGAAAUCUACAAAGGAGCCCCCUGCUGAAGCAGCCGCCUCUGAGCCAGAAGAGAACUGUGGAGAUGAGCUCCCUGGUGUCCACAGCACCACCACAAGCAAAGACCUGGAGGUGAAGACCAAUGAGGUCAUUGAACAGCCAGUGUCCCAUGAGGAGAGUGUUGUUUGUGACAUCAACAGCAAUGAUGACGAUGGUCCUCCCAGACUGCAUCUCGAGACCCCGGAGAGAGAGGCUACCAGUCCUGCGCACGAGGAGGAAAAGGAGGCUGAAGGGGAGGAGUUCACCGCUCCUCCUGCAGAAGAAGAAGACAUCACCCAUGAGAAAUACAUGCAGCUCCUCCAGGAGCUGUGCGAGGAGAGAGAUAAAGCCAGCCAACACAGCAGCCAGCUGCAGAUGAAGCUGGCAGAGUAUUUCUGCAAGAAGGCCGGGGACGACGCCCAGCUGGAGAGGGAGACGCCGGAGUCGGAGCAGCUGCAGGAGUAUGAGAAGUACAUUAACGUCCUGACUGAUGUGAAACAGCAGCUCACCACUAACUCAGAGACAGCUCAGCAGCAGGCAGAAGAGCUGAGGUUACAGUCCCAAGAGAAGCUGGACAAGGUGGAAAAUGAAUGGCAAGCGUUUUUGGCACUGAAGCGGCACAUAGCUGUGACAGUCCUGAGCCGAUGCCUGGGUAAACAUGCGGCUCAGGCCAAAGUGGACGCAACCCUGGCAGCAGAGCAGUUUCGGCAGGACAAGCUGAUCAAGCUGCGCCUCAAGCACAUCAAGCUGAGGAUCAAGAUUCACAGGUUGGAAGGACAGCUCCGAGACGGGGAAGAACACGACAGGGAUCCCCUAAAGCUCCAGUUUGAACAGCUGCAGGUGGAAAGGCUGAAGCAGAAAAAACAGGCUGAAAAGGAAAAUGAGGAGUCGUUAAAGCUGCAGAAAAAGAUCAGCAGCAGCUUGGAGCUCCUGUCGAACAUAAAGGAGAAGCUGUUCUGGAGCGAGAUGAAGGUUCAGGCCAAGCGAGAGCAGCUGGCCGAAUUGGAGGCCAUGGUGGCCAGGAAGAGAGACCUCCUGACCAGGACCAAGCAGUCACACAACAGCCUGCAGAGAGACAACCUGAGGCUAAAAGAAAGUCGUGGAUUGCUGGGGAACAGGGUCCUGCUGUGGGACUUUGAGAACACUGUGGAUGCCGCCAACCACCUGGAGGAACAACUGGAGAAUCUUAAGUGCCGGCAAGCUGAAAUUGUCUUCAACCAUGGCAGAUGGAAGAAGAACCUGGAGACAACUUAAUGAAUGAAUGAGCAAAUGACUGAAUUAACAUGUCAGUCCAAAAAAAGCCAGAUUCAACAGACAAGGGCCAUCAGGAAUAAAAACGAGUAUCAGGCCUUAAAAUUUGUAGUUUUAUCCUGUGUAGUCUGUGUUUAGUGCACUUCACAAGGUGAUAACCGAAAAAGACAAGCUCUGUGAUACUUUGAAAGCCAUAGUCAGGGUCAAAACCAUGGUCAGGGCUCCACAUGUCCUCUAAAAGAUCUGUCAGCCAAGUGACAGCAGGAGCAUGAACACCUUUCAAAAACCAUUUCAAAGACUUGCAUGUCAUGUAGUCUGAUCCUGGCAUUACUGUAAAAUGUAUGAAGUCGAAAUUAUUGUUAAAGCCUAUAAAAUCAUGAUUUAUGAUUCACGAGAGAUUGCAGCAAACAUGGGUAACGUCUUAAAAUAAAAAUUUGGUUCAGUAUUUUAUCAAUUAGUGCAGAUUAUCAGUCUUUGUUUUAGUGCUCCACAGCAGUGGAUAUGCAGUGCUUUUGGACAGUAAAAUGGUUAUCAGAGAGUUUUGAUUAACUCAUAUAGUAUGAAAUGAAUGGUUCAACAUUUUGAGAAAUACAUUUAUUCACUUUUUGGCCAAGAGUUAGAUGAGAAGAAUGAUGAGAAGAUUGAAGCUGGAGCCAGAAGGCAAGUAGCUCAGCUUAGCAUAAAGAGUGCAGGCAGAUGUAAACAGCCAGGUUGUCCAAAAUUCAAAAAUAUUCCUACUAGCACGUCUAAAGGUCACCUUGUUUGUUUUAAUCCAUACAGAAAAAGAAAUACUUUACAUACUGUAACUAUUGGCAAACAGCAGCUGGGCGCAGUCUUCACCUGAAGUCUUGUCACCAUGAGAUUAAUAAAAUGGUUAACAGAGAGUUUCGAUAAACAGAUAUACUUAUAAAGCAAUGGUUCAGCAUUUGGGGAAAUGCACUAAUUCACUUUCUUGCAGAGAGAAAAGUGAGAGGAUCUAUACCACUCACAUGUCUAAAGCCAGGAAGCAAUGAGUUCAGCUCACCAUAAAGAAUGGAAGCAGAGGGAGACAAGUUCUCAUGCGUUCUCAUGUGUACACACAAAUGUAUGCAGAUGUACAUUUAUUUCCUUGCAGACAGCGAGCAGCACAGUGACUUCUGAGACUGUUGUAGUCACCUUAAGGCUGUUAUAUACUAAGCUAUCGAAAAAUACGUUAGCAGGCCUAUGUUUCAACUUUUCAUCUUGAACAUAUUUUGAACGGAGCCAAGCUAGCUGUUUCCCCCCAAUCUUCUCAUGUCAUUCUCAUUAAAAAGAAAGAAAAAAAAAUUUCCCAGGUUUCCCAAAGUGAACUAUUACUUGAAUUUUAUGUUGAGGGGAUUCAAACCAUCUCUGGCACACUAUCUCACUUUCUACCUUUUUGUGUAGAGUGCAUGUUCAAAUCAAUAGCAAUAAAGAUGAAGAAACUGCUGAACACAGUUCCACCUCUUUUGUCUAACCGUGAGAUCCAAUGACAGAUUCACACAGUACAAACUCCGCUUCACCCUCUCAAGCAUAGCAUGCUGUUUUCACUUUCAAUCAGUAGAUGGGACUAUUGUACAUUAGUGUAUAUUCAGACAUCUGAGAAGAGAAUUCACAGCUACAGACAAGUGUGUGGAGACGUGCAUAAUUCGUGGCCUUUAAGUUCUCUGUCGAAAACAAAAUCAUUUGUCUCCGUCAAUGCGUCCAGCUUGGCUCAUUGUUUCAGUCUGCACCUCAGAUAAAGUAAGACGAAGGCAAAAAAAAAGAUAAUCAUAUCAAAUGUAUGUGUACAGUAAAUGGAUAUGAUAUAUAUUCAGCAUUUCA